UGAGUGUCAAACACAGCUGAUUACAGUAUGACAAAUUACAUGGCUGAGUGUUGAUCUUCCUCGACCGCUUAAAACCUUCAAAACUGCACACUUCUGCCUGUUAUAGGAUGUAUUUUGAUGGCCCCUUGAAUAUUUAGAAGAAGCAGAAGACUAAAGUAUCGCAAGGUGUGGUUGCGGUAUUAAAGUAAAAAUUUGCUAGAGAUUGGCUAGGCUAGGUUAGUCUAACCUAUUGGUAUGAGUAAAGAAGAUGAGAGAGAAUUUGCCUCAGAAGUAAUAGCCUGGAGAAGUCUAGGAAGGACUUUUGAACAUUAUGGGUUUGGACUAUCAGUUGGAGAUUUCUUCAGGCAGUGUAUUCCAUCAGCAAUGAAGUUAAUAACCCUCGGCUUUUAUUCAUUUGUGGAGGAAACUUUGGAAUCAUAACUCCAAGAUAGUAUAGAAUUUGCAGUGAAAAAUAAUACUGAAGGUUGCAGUUCAAGGUUAAUCAGGCCAUAUAAGCUACUAGAAAUGAUUGCUCAGCGGGUGUCUAGAAGGACUGGUUUGGAAACACUGCGGAGGGAAAUACGUAUGAGGAGGUAUCGUCAGUUUCUGUUGCUUAGUACAGAACUGCAAGACCCUGGUGAUCCCCUGUCAAAGUAUGAUAGCCAUGAAUUUGAAGAAAUUUAUAGGUUCUCGAAGGAAUCCUUUUGUGAGCUUCUGGCUAUGAUUCAGAGUGACAUUGAGAGGACUGAUAAUCGUGGUAGACCACUUCCUGCAGUAUAUCAGCUUUUAAUUGCUCUACAUUUUUAUUGCAGUGGGUCAUAUCAGAAAGUUGUGGGUGACCAACAUGGCCUACAGGUAAGCCAGCCAACAGUGUGUCGAACCAUCCACAGGGUGUCAGAAGCUCUUGCCAAAAGAUACAGUCAGUUCAUAACUUUUCCUUCUGUUGCUGAGGCUGCUGACAUACAUGCAAAAUUUUAUGAAGUUGCGCAGUUUCCUAAUGUUAUUGGUGCCAUAGAUUGCAUUCACAUGAGAAUCUCAAAUCCAGGGGGUGCUAUGGCUGAACAGUGUAAAAACAGUAAAGGUUGGUACUCUGUAAACUGUCAGGUAGUUGUUGGUCCAGACCUGAAAAUUCUAACAGCAAUAGUUCGCUGGGGAGGAAGUGUCCCAGAUUGGCAAAUAUAUGAUAACUCUCGCCUAAAACAAGUUUUAGAACAAGGUGAAUAUGGGCAUCUGGUUGGUGAUUCUGCUUAUCAGUGCCAGCGAUACUUACUUACUCCUGUUACAAAUCCAACAACCCAGGCAGAAAAAUGCUACAAUCGUGCUCAUUCGUCAACAAGAAGGAAGGUUAAACGCGUUUUUGGAAUGGUUAAAAGAAGAUUCCCAUGUACAAACCAGGAAUUGAGAUCCAAUCCAAAGACUUCGUGCGCAAUUAUUCUGAGUUGUUUUGCGUUACAUAAUUUUGCACUGGAGAGACAAGGACUGCCUGAUUAUUCUGAAGCCAUAUAUGCUCCUGAUGAUGGUCCUCAAGACAGGUACACAGGAGAUUAUGACCCUGAGGGUGAAUCAUAUCGCCAGCAUAUAAUUUAUGAGUGGUUUAGCAAUGAUACCCAAAGUGUUGCAUUCCAACAAGAGGAUGGAUUGUGUGAUAGUCAGCAGUCUUGGUAGUAAUACUUCAAUAAAUAUAAGCAGUAUGAAA